CAUUUCCGAGACGCCUACAGAAGAGAAGACCCGCCUCCUCCCGAGCUCCAUCUCUCCUCGCGUCGCCUCGCCUCGCUCUGCCCUCGUCGUCUCGCCGACCCCCACCUCGCGCGCCCAUCACCAGUCGAGAGCGCCCCGGCGCGGCCAUGAAGGGCGGCGGAGCCAUCAGGAGCGGCGGCGGCGGGGGGCUGAUGCGGACGCGGCUGCGGCUCCCAGUGGUGCUCGUCUGCUGCUCCCUCUUCUUCCUCGCCGGCUUCUUCGGCUCCCUCCUCUUCACCCAGGAUCCGCAGGGGGAGGAGGACGUGGAGCGGCCGCUGCGCAGGGAGCGGCUCAUGGAGGCGGCCUGGCCGGAGAUGGCGUACGGGGAGUCCGGCGAUCCCGCGCCCUCUUUGAUCCCGCACCAGAUUUUGAGUUGGCAACCUCGUGCAUUGUACUUUCCCCAAUUUGCAACAGCAGAACAGUGUGACAACGUAGUAAAAACUGCUAAGGCGCGGCUUAGGCCAUCAACAUUGGCAUUAAGGAAAGGAGAAACCGAAGAGACUACCAAAGGAAUAAGGACAAGCUCAGGCACAUUCCUCAGUGCUGAUGAAGAUCCAACUGGAGCCCUUGCAGAAGUUGAAAAGAAGAUUGCAAAGGCUACCACGAUACCAAGGAGUAAUGGAGAGCCCUUUAACAUCCUCCGCUAUGAGAUUGGACAGAAGUAUGCUUCACACUAUGACGCGUUUGACCCGGCUCAGUAUGGUCCACAAAAAAGCCAAAGGGUGGCAUCUUUCUUGCUCUAUCUCACGGACGUCGAAGAAGGUGGAGAAACUAUGUUCCCGUAUGAGAAUGGGGAAAACAUGGAUAUAGGCUAUGACUAUGAACAGUGCAUUGGCUUAAAGGUAAAACCAAGGAAGGGCGAUGGCCUCUUGUUUUACUCCCUUAUGGUAAAUGGCACCAUUGAUCCGACUUCACUUCACGGAAGCUGCCCGGUGGUCAAAGGAGAGAAAUGGGUCGCCACAAAAUGGAUUAGAGAUCAGAAGGUGAAAAUGGAUUAGAGAUCAGAAGGUGUAAAUGAGGUUAACGGGCUCAACGUCCCAUAUAGAUCACACACAUAGUAAACAUUUUUGUAACGAUCAUGUACUCGUACACUACAUCUAUUCAAUUGACGGGCUUUCAUGAAAAGUUGUAGGAAGUGAAUCAACUUCUCAGUAACAUGUGCUAGUUGACAAGUCUGUAUCUGUUUGUUUACAUCAUCUUAGAUUGGUGGUCCUCUUAA